AUGGGCAAAACCAGCCUAGACCAAGUCGCAACUUGGAACAACGAAGACUUGGACGAGAGGAAAGCUGCAGAUUGGGUGGGAAGUCUUCAGGAAGCAAAGGACAAAUGCAUUGGAGAUCAUCGAUGUGAGGUGGUGUGUUACCACUCGAAGACCGGGAAAGCACAAUACUACCAAAAUUUUCGGAAAGCUUUGGGAGAAGUGGAGUCCGGCAAGAAAGGGUGGAAAGAGAUUCUGCAAAAAGCACCCCCAUGGCAGGAGGAUGGGUGGACAUGCUUGCAGGCAUCUCCCAAGUGUCGGCGCCAAGCUGCUGAGAUUGCCCAGAAGAAGAGGGAGGCAGGUCUCAAAGAGACCAUGGAUGCGCUGAACGAGCUUAGCUUGCUGAAGCAGAGCCUUCAUCGCUUACCCCCUUCUCCAUUUCAGCCGCAAGGAUCAUUUUCCCAUGAUUCUGCCGACUUCCUUGGCAAGCUCAAAUUUCCCACGGGGGAGGAGGCACAGGAACUACGGCAGGAGUGCACAAACAUCGCCUCCAAGGUGAUCAAUGCCGAAGAGGUCUCAGACUUGGGGAGCUGUUCCGAGCGGAUCUGGGUACAUCGCCCCAUAAAGGCUUCACAGGGCCGUUGGCAAGAAUGCUGCGCCUCUGAAAAUGGUUUGAAAUGCAUGGAUCGCUUUGUCAUCCCAGCGAACUCCUGCGAGAGUUGCCAAGGGGUUUGCCUGGACAUCGGCGGGAAAGAGGGCUAUUGCCUUGAGCUCGGUUCUCCUGGCAGCUGGGAGGGUUCAGGUGGCAAAGUGGUCGAGCUCAUGUCUGCCAGUGUUGGGGAUCCCACUGUCCAGUUGGUGUUGGGGGCCCCUUUGUUGCGGAGAGGCCGCUGCGGCUCCUUCAUUUGA